GGGCCCCUCCCCCCUGCAGCCUGGCGCGCGCCGGCCGGGCCGCACCGCUGCGGGCUCCGCGCGCGCGGGCCAUGUCCGCCUUCUGCCUGGGCUUGGCCGGCCGCGCUUCAGCACCCGCGGAGCCGGACAGCGCCUGCUGCAUGGAGCUGCCCGCAGCGGCCGCGGACGCAGUCGGGAGUCCAGCCGCCGCCGCCGCCCUCAUCUCCUUCUCCGGGGGCUCCGGGGAGCUGGAACUGGCGUUAGAGGAGGAGCUGGCGCUGCUGGCGGCCGGGGAACGGCCGUCCGACCCCGGGGAGCAUUCUCAGGCCGAGGCCGGGCCUCCGGCCGAGGGGUCCGGACUGCAGCCGCCGCCCGCCCAGGAUCCCGAACUGCUGUCGGUGAUCCGGCAGAAAGAGAAGGAUCUGGUGUUGGCGGCCCGGCUGGGCAAGGCGCUGCUCGAGAGGAACCAGGACAUGAGCCGGCAGUACGAGCAGAUGCACAAGGAGCUGACAGACAAGCUGGAGCACUUAGAACAAGAGAAACACGAACUAAGAAGACGAUUUGAGAACCGAGAAGGGGAAUGGGAAGGGCGCGUGUCAGAGCUGGAGAGUGAUGUGAAACAACUUCAGGAUGAGUUGGAGAGGCAGCAGGUUCAUCUACGGGAAGCAGAUCGAGAAAAAACACGGGCUGUCCAGGAAUUAUCAGAACAGAACCAGAGGUUAUUGGAUCAACUCAGCAGGGCCUCAGAAGUUGAGAGACAGCUCUCCAUGCAAGUCCAUGCCCUCAGAGAAGACUUUCGGGAGAAAAACUCCUCGACUAACCAGCACAUCAUCAGGCUUGAAAGCCUUCAGGCUGAGCAGGUUCUUGAAAUCAAAAUGCUGUCGGAUCGGAAACGGGAGCUAGAGCAUCGUCUCAGUGCCACCUUAGAGGAAAACGACCUGCUCCAGGGGACUGUGGAGGAGCUACAGGACCGGGUGCUGAUCCUGGAGAGGCAAGGCCAUGACAAAGACCUCCAGCUGCACCAAAGCCAGCUGGAGCUCCAGGAGGUGCGGCUCUCCUACCGACAGCUGCAGGUGAAGGUGGAGGAGCUCACCGAGGAGAGGAGCCUGCAGAGCUCCGCCGCCACCAGCACGUCCCUCCUGUCCGAGAUCGAACAGAGCAUGGAGGCUGAGGAACUGGAGCAAGAGAGAGAACAGCUGAGACUGCAGCUCUGGGAGGCCUACUGCCAGGUCCGCUAUCUCUGCUCGCACCUCCGGGGGAACGACAGCGCUGACUCGGCCGUCUCCACGGACUCCUCGAUGGAUGAGUCUUCGGAAACCUCAUCUGCCAAGGAUGUGCCAGCCGGCAGCUUGCGCACGGCCCUCAGUGAGCUCAAGAGACUGAUACAGAGUAUUGUGGAUGGCAUGGAGCCCACGAGCUCCCGGAGAAUUGAUGAUGACUCCUUAGAAGAACAGAUAAGGCAGACCAGUGAGGACUCAAGAGCCCUAAGGGAACUCAUGGAGGGAGAGAGGGGUAAACUGAGGCAAAGCCUAGAGGAGCUGCAGCAACUCCACAGUCAGGUGACACUGCUGAGUGUGGAGAUGACUGCACUGAAGGAGGAGAGAGACCGACUCAGAGUGACGUCUGAGGACAAGGAACCAAAGGAGCAGCUUCAGAAGGCCAUCAGGGACCGGGAUGAGGCCAUUGCGAAGAAGAAUGCUGUGGAGCUGGAACUUGCCAAGUGCAAGAUGGACAUGAUGUCACUGAACAGCCAGUUGCUGGAUGCCAUUCAGCAGAAACUGAACCUCUCACAGCAGCUUGAGGCGUGGCAGGAUGACAUGCACAGGGUCAUUGACCGGCAGCUGAUGGACACGCGCCUGAAGGAGCGGAGCCGGCCUGCUGCCGCCCUCUCGGGGGCCCGGGGCGCGGGGCGCGGGGACGAGCCCAGCACCACCGAAGGCAAACGGCUCUUCUCGUUCUUCAGGAAAACUUAGGCUGGGAGGAGUCAGGCCAGCAAGGACGGGCGACUUUGGACUAGAGGUGACUGAAAUGGGGUGCUUGCACGAGGGCUCCCCUGGGCCAGCUCGGCGGCCGCACUGCCCACCUACACCGGGGCCGAGUCGUCUGGGAGGGCCCACUCGGCCUCUGAAAGCUGCCCUCAGCAGAGGGACAGGCGGCAAGCCCUGUCCCCACUGCCAGGCCACACCCAGCCUGGGCUUCCUCCGGAUCCGCUGUCGUUGAGCGGGGCUCAGGCUGUUUCCAGAGCGGGCCCUUGCUUGGGCUCUGCCACUCAGACCCAGUGGAUCACAGCCCACCCCGCCCACCCCUCAGUGGCUCCCGAAUCCAACCCCAGGCACUGCUGCGCCCCCCCCCCCCCAAUUUUAGAAUACGGGGAACAGAAGGAAUGGAGGCUGUUCUCUGCAUGCCUCAGGAGGCUGUCGUGGCCCCCAGCUGGCCUGAGCUGCGGGGGCCUGGUGCCUACAGGACACCGGGCCCAUGGCUAAGCCUCCGUCUCUCCCCACCACCCCCCCCACCCAGCCUCUGGCCCAGGGAGUAAAGGGGGAAGCGGCUCCUCACCCACGUGCAUGCACCUCUGCCCAGAGCACCUCUGCGGCAGGAGGCCCAGCCUGCAGGGCCCAAUGGCCGGGGGCUCUCCUCUCACACUCGGCCUGGAUGGGCCUCAGCGGGGCUUGGCUGAUGCCAUCCCGAGCUCAGGAGGAAGGGCCCUGCCCUGCUGGCCGCCACUGUUCUUCCUCCCUGGCCUCCAGGCCAGCCAGUGUUCUCAUGGGCCCUCUGCAGGCUUUAGCCAAUCCAGCCCUUUCCCCAUCAUGGGGCCAGAGCAAGGAGGGGGUCUCCUCCUCUUCCGGGGGCCCCCUGCUCCCCUCACACAUACAAGGUGUUGGCUCAGCCGAGCGAGUCCAGGCCACAAUGGCCCCAGAGGGGUCUGCAGUCAGCCACCUCCACCUCAAGGGCAUCACUGGCACCACAGGGCGUCUGCCUCCAGAUACUGCCCGCCAGGCCUGCAGAAGGAUGAAUCCUGCAGCCUGCUGCUUCUGCUCCUUCCUCAGCAGCCAUCCCACCUUCUCUGCUGAGGCCCUCACUCAGAGGCACCCCGGGCUGAGUCAGCCCGCAAGCUGCUUUACAAAGGAUCAUCUCCCUCCCGCACACGGGAAAAGCACAGCAGGGACGAGCAGAAAGAAUGUACCUAUAGAUAUGUACAUACCACAGUGCUGUAAUUUUGUAUGUAGCAAUCAUGUAAAUACAUGUAUGGAUUUUAUAAUAUACAUAUUCUAUAUAAAUCUAUAAAGGCAUAUUUUUAGAAAAACAGCGCACCACUGCUUCUUUUGAAAAUAGUCUAAGAAUAAAAUGAAUUUCUACAGA